UUAUCCUAAUAUGUCAAUUUAUUUUCGACUGAUACCAAGGCGGAUGUAUUCGUGUCAAACAGUUUGACCCUCUUUCCAACCAAUCAAACGUAACCCCAUUUCAACGCUGGUUUGUUCUCUUUCGAUCAAACGGUUUUUCGUUCUCGAGACCUCUGAGAUGCACCUGUAUAUGAUCAUCGGUGGAGUAUUUCACCUGUUGGCAGGGAUCCAGUCGGCAGCAGUGAGACAGGACACUGGGGUUAAAUCUGCCAGUGUUGGGGACAAUGUGACUUUACAUUGCUUCUACAACACCCAGGUGGCAAUGCACUUCUCCUGGUACCGACAAACCUUAGGCGGAGGACCGGAGCUCCUGUCUAAUUUUUACAAGCAUGACGAACCAUCCAAAGUCUUCCACUGGUUGGAGAAAAACCCUCGUUACUCUGUGCAAAGGGAGGAAGGGAUGAAUCAUUUAAACAUCUCUGAAGUCCAAUUAUCAGAUUCAGCCACAUACUUCUGUGGGAGCUCACACUCCAACAUAGCGGAAUUUGGAGACGGGAUCUUUCUAAGCGUCAAAGGAGUCAACCUCAAAGAAAUAGUCCAGUGGCCAGUUUCUCAGACCUUGCAUCCAGGAGGCACCGUGACUUUCAACUGUACCACGCACUCCGGGACUUGUGACGGAGAUCAAAGUGUUUACUGGUUCCAACACGGAUCUCGCCAAGGCGUCCUGAAGGCACGCGGGGAUAAGUGUAAGCCCGUUUCCUCACCGCCAGCGUCUUCUCAGAGCUGCGUCUACCAUCUACAGAAGGUGAACGUGAGCUCCUCAGAUGCUGGAACCUACUACUGUGCCGUGGCCUCCUGCGGGGAGCUGCUGUUCGGCAAUGGAAGCGAGCUGCUCGUCAAAGAUGGUAACCACGACGACCCAAUGGCACAGAUGAAAACAUUAGUCUGGCUCUCCAUCAUUAGAAGUGUGAUUCUCUUUCUCUUGGUAACUAUUUGUCUCCUGGUGGAGCUCAGUAAGAGCUGCUGAUGUCUUAAAUGUUUGGCUUGAAAUAUUUAGUUCAGAAUUUUUAUAAAUAACAAAAAAAUAUUUCUUUAACGACAUUUUGUUGUCUAACUGUAUUACAUUUUUCUCAAUAAAACAAUUUAGGCAAAGUUA